AUGGCCGGCGGACCGAAGCCCCCAGGUGCCCCUGGAGGUUAUGGUGCCCCUGCUCCCGGCGGUUACGGUCAGCAGCAACCUGGGCAGUACGGCCAACAGCAACCCGGCCAGAGUCAGUACGGUCAGCAGCCCCCGCAGGGCCAGUACGGCCAGCCACCUCAGCAACAGCAGUACGGUCAACCCCCGUCCGGCCAGAGCCAAUAUGGUCAACAGCCGGGUCAGCACCAGCAGUCGGGACAGUACGGUCAGCAGCCCUCGCAAGGACAAUACGGCCAGCAGCCUGGCCAGUACGGUGCCCCGCAGGGUGCUCACGCCGGUAUGGGCAGCGGCUCUCUCAGCCCGCAGAUCGUCACCCAGCUCCUGCAAUCCUGUGUCCAGGACCAACACCUGAAUGCCUUCUACCCGCCUGGGUCGGUCGAGCAGAUCGCUCAGCGCGUCUCUCAGUCUGGCGUUCUCGACAAGCUCGCGGCCGCUUGGCGUCUCCCCGUCGAGCUCGCUGCGGACCUCGUCAAGAUUGCGCUCUUCGACGUUGUCAUCCUGGUGGACGACUCGGGCAGUAUGGCAUUCGAGCAGAACGGCGAGCGCAUUGAUGAUCUCAAGAUGAUCCUCGGCAAGAUUGCUUUCGCCUGCUCCUUGUUCGACCACGAUGGAAUCCAAGUCCGAUUCCUCAACUCCAACCUCCAGGGGAACAAUAUCAACUCGGAGCAGGCUGCCCUCCAGCUCGUCCAGCAAGUCAAGUUCAGCGGUCUUACCCCGCUCGGAACGGCUCUCGACCAGAAGAUUCUGCAGCCGCUCCUUCUCGGUCCCGCCAGGCAGAACGCGCUCCAGAAGCCCUUGCUCGUGAUUGCUAUCACUGAUGGUACUCCCGCCGGCGAGCCGUCCGACAAGAUCAUCCAGGUCAUCGUCAAUGCCAACCGCGAGCUGCAGCAGUCCCGCUACGGACCAGAUGCGGUCUCCUACCAGCUCUCACAGGUCGGUAACGACCAGAAGGCCCAGCAGUUCCUCACUUCGCUGGAUGAUGACCCGAACAUUGGUCGUCUCAUCGACCAGACCAUGGACUACGAGGCGGAGCAGGCGCAGAUGAUGCAGAAGACUGGGCAGGACAUGAGCCCUGAUAUGUGGAUCAUGAAGCUUCUUUUGGGUCCCAUCGAUACGUCUUACGACAGCAAGGGUGAGUUGAUCUUCCAGGAUCAUAUUGUGCAGGACGAUCCAUGCUGA